AUGGACCAAGACCAGUUUGGCGGCCGCACCGACGACGACUUGUUUUCUGACGACAUCGAGCCGGUCGAGGAACAAGAAGAGACAAUCAGUGUGCCGGAACCUGCUCCGGUCUCUACUCGCGAUGCUCCGGCGCAGCCCGAACAAGCACCGGCGCCUGCGGUAGUCAAACCAGCACCCGCUCGGCCGCCUCAACCCGCAAAGUCGUCGCUAGCACAAUCCCGCCACGCUCCCCGGCCCGACAACAGUCCUCCCCAUUCCACCCAGAAACACAACAAUAACAACAAAAAUCACAAGAAGGCCAGAUCGCCCAAACCACCACCGAGCGCCACAACCAGCGAUACUCCUUCCACCCAAGAAAGCCCCGCCACCCCGGCCUCAACCGACGCCAGCACCCCAACUCCAACCGCGACCAACAACACCACCAGCUCCACCAGCACCCCACAACCUCCACCAACAACAACAACAACAACAACAACCGGCAGCAACAAUACCGCCUCGGCGGUCUCGCACGCGCGCCUCAACUCGGGCGCCAACCCGCGCACCAAACUCACCGAGACCGAGGACUCUGCGCGCAUGGAAAAGAUGCGCCUGCUAAAGAAGCGCCGCCGUCGCAAGCCGGAGGACCCCGCCCCGUCGUCGCGUGGCGGAGGAGGAGCGCAAGAUGUCGAGGAGGAGAGGGCAAGAAAUAGGGAGCGGAAGUUGAAGGCGAUGGAUAUGAAGGAGGGGUGGUGGGAUGCGGGGAAGGAGGAGAGGGAGAGGGAGGGGGAGGGGAGGGCGUUCAAGGGCGGUGCGCAUGGGGGGGUUAGGGGGGUGAGGUCGGGUGGUGCGGGCGGUGGUGGUAGUGGUGGGGGGUUGGGGGGGAAGCCGGUUUUCGGUCAAGCGCCGGUGGAUGAGGGCGGGGAGUAUGAUGGGUUUGGACUGAGGGGAAGGGGUGGCGGUAAUAGGGCACGGGGUGGUAGAGGAAGAGGCGGGAGGGGAGGUGGCCGAGCGCUGUUUGACGAGCGCGAGGGCGAGUAUAAUCGCGACCAGGGCCGUCGGCAGGAGGGGCCUGCUCCGGCACCGCCUCCGCCUAAGAAGGCGGACUUGAAGAAGGAGGACUUCCCUGCCUUGCCUUCAUCGUCCACGACACCCCCUAAGAAGGUCGACACCGCGUGGGUUGCGAAACCCAGCGUCAUAGAAUAUCCGGUGUCGUCACCUAUCGGCAAGUGGGAUGAGGAGGUGGCUGCCACGCUCGACAACCCAUCCUAG